AUGCGGGCAGCGCUUACAGUGACGGCGGUUACAGUGGCGGCGACAGCGGCGUUAACAGUGGCGGCGACAGCGGCGUUAACAGUGGCGGCGACGGCGGCGUUAACAGUGGCGGCGACGGCGGCGUUAACAGUGGCGGCGACGGUGGCGUUAACAGUGGCGGCGACGGCGGCGUUAACGAGUGGCGGCGACGGCGGCGUUGAAGAGGCGGCGGUGGCGUUAACAGUGGCGGCGACGGCGGCGUUAACAGUGGCGGCAGCAGCGUUAAUGGUGGCGGCGACGGCGGCGUUAACAGUGGCGGCGACGGCGGCGUUAACAGUGACGGCGGCGCUAGCAGUGGUGGUGGUGACGGCGUUAACAGUGGCGGCGGUGGCGUUAACAAUAGCGUUGGGAUCGGUGGCAUUAAAGGUGGUGCUAGUGUUGGGUGGUGGUGAUGCUAAUAGUGGCGGUGAUGCUAAUAGUGGUGGUGAUGCUAAUAGUGGUGGUGAUGCUAAUAGUGGCGGUGAUGCUGUGGUAAUUGGUGAUGCUAAUAGUGGUGGUGAUGCUAAUAGUGGCGGUGAUGCUAAUAGUGGCGGUGAUGCUAAUAGUGGCGGUGAUGCUAAUAGUGGCGGUGAUGCUAAUAGUGGCGGUGAUGCUAAUAGUGGUGGUGAUGCUAAUAGUGGUGGUGAUGCUAAUAGUGGCGGUGAUGCUAAUAGUGGCGGCGAUGCUAAUAGUGGCGGUGAUGCUAAUAGUGGCGGCGAUGCUAAUAGUGGCGGUGAUGCUAAUAGUGGUGGUGAUGCUAAUAGUGGCGGUGAUGCUAAUGGUGGCGGUGAUGCUAAUAGUGGUGGUGAUGCUAAUAGUGGCGGCGAUGCUAAUAGUGGCGGUGAUGCUAAUAGUGGCGGUGAUGCUAAUAGUGGCGGUGAUGCUAUUGGCGGCGAUGCUAAUAGUGGCGGUGAUGCUAAUAGUGGUGGUGAUGCUAAUGGUGGUGGUGAUGCUAAUAGUGGCGGUGAUGCUAAUAGUGGCGGCGAUGCUAAUAGUGGCGGCGAUGCUAAUAGUGGCGGUGAUGCUAAUAGUGGUGGUGAUGCUAAUAGUGGCGGUGAUGCUAAUAGUGGCGGUGAUGCUAAUAGUGGCGGUGAUGCUAAUAGUGGCGGCGAUGCUAAUAGUGGCGGUGAUGCUAAUAGUGGUGGUGAUGCUAAUAGUGGCGGUGAUGCUAAUAGUGGCGGCGAUGCUAAUAAUGGUGGUGAUGCUAAUAGUGGUGGUGAUGCUAAUAGUGGCGGUGAUGCUAAUAGUGGUGUGGCACUCAAACAUAAGAACAUAAGAGAAUGA